AUGGACGAAGAAAUAGAUCGAACGUUACCACUAUCAGCGUAUAGCUAUGAAUUUAAGGCCGUGGUCUCGAAACUAGACCCUAAACGCGUAUUGACAACGGACGGUCCGAUAAAAAUUCUCAGAGAUUGGAGAGGUUUAGCAUUUUUAUUGAGUAUCCCAAAUGAAAUUUCACACAGCAUAAGUGAAGCGUCAGAUAAAACUAUUCGAGUACUUGACAUCUGGAUCCAAAGGAACGAUGGUACAGCUACACUUGGUAGAUUAAUGGAAUACUUGGUUCAAAUGGACAGAUAUGACAUCUAUGAUGACUUGGUAGAACUUUCGAAAGGAGGAAGGAUUUUGGCUCCACAAAGGCAAAUAACUAACGGCAAUGAGUUACAUUUAAAUGGCCAUAGGGAUGAUAACAUGAUAAUCACCCAUGAUGACAGGAGAGAUGGCUAUCCAAAUUACUAUCAUGCAUAUGUGUUGUUCGCUAAAGAGGACUGGAGUUUUGUUCGUGAGCUCCUAGCUAGAAUGAAAGCAUUGAAGUUCAAAUUAUGCACUGAAUAUGAUAUUGAAGUAGGAUAUGGUACUCAAUAUGCACCGGUGGCCCAACUAAUCUCGGAGAGGUGUCACCGCAUCAUCCUGGUUUAUUCACCAGCAUUUAUUGACAGUCUUGCUAAUGGCUUCUACAGUGAUUAUGCACAGGCGGUUAGCAUUGAAACGAACAAAAGGAAUAUAAUACCUAUUAUUUACCGCGACUGUCGGCUGCCACACAAUCUCAUGUAUUACCACAAGCUUGUGUACAAUGAAAACGAUGAGUGGAUGCCCUACAACUUCUGGGAGAAGCUCGCGCAGACGCUUGAUAAGGUCAAACUACCCAACUCACACGAAGUGCCAUCGUGUUUGACCGACACCGAGCUCUCGUCCAGUAAUCUUAAGAGUCAUUUUCUGACAACAGACACGAAAUAUACGAGUAGUUCUUCCAUAAGCAACUCUGAGACACAACAAGUGCGUUUAACAGAACUAGAUGCCAACAGUUCCCUCAGUAAUAUCAGUGACACAAAGUUGGUUAAGAAGAAAAAGAAAUUAAAAGUAAUAAAUAAAAUGUUAAGUUACGUCUUCGGUAAGGCAAAUAAUUGA